AUGGACAUGGCAUCGCGGAACCAGAGCCUUCGCGUCGGCGUGCUUGGCGCCGGUCGCAUUGGGCGCAUCCACACGCAAAUCCUCACGCGCCUUGGCGUGACGGUCGUCGCGAUUGCCGACCCGAGUGACGAGCGCGGCGCGAGCUUGGCCCGCGAAUUUGGCGUUGCCAAGGUGACCACGAACCCGGACGACAUUUUCCAGGACCCGACGAUCCACGCCGUCUUGAUCUGCUCGCCGACGGACCAGCAUGCGCAGCAGAUCCACCAGGCGGCCGCGCACAAGAAGCACAUCUUUUGCGAGAAGCCGAUUGCGCUCGACUUGGCGGUCGUCGACGCCGCCGUGCACGCGGUGGAGGCUGCCGGCGUCAAGAUGAUGGUCGGCUUCAACCGCCGCUUCGAUGCCAACUUUAAGCGCAUUCGCCAAGCGAUUUUGCAAGACGAAAUCGGUACCAUUGGCAUGGUGCGCAUUACAAGCCGCGAUCCGAGCGCGCCGCCCGUCAGCUACAUCAAGGUCUCAGGCGGUAUCUUUUGUGACAUGACCAUCCAUGAUUUCGACAUGGCGCGCUUCCUCGUCGGCGCUGAGGUCGACCAAGUGUUUGUGAUGGCGCAGGCGCGCGACCCAGAGAUUGGCGCGGCGGGCGACGUCGACACGGCGGUGAUCUGCCUCCGCUUUGAGAACGGCGUGCUCGGGUACAUUGAAAACAGCCGUGUCGCUGCGUACGGCUACGACCAGCGCGUCGAGAUCCUCGGCUCCAAGGGCGCCGUCUCGUGCGAGAACAACUACCCCAACACCGUGACCAUCUCAAACGGCACGUCGAUCGCGCGGGACUUGCCGCUGCACUUCUUCAUCGACCGCUACAUGGAGGCGUACAAGGACGAGCUUGCGGCGUUUGUCGAGAUUUGCUUGAACAAGGAUGCGAUCGCGCCGGUCUCGGGCCACGAUGGGCGCCAGGCGCUCAAGCUCGGGCUUGCCGCGACCCUCUCAAUGAAGGAGAACCGCCCCGUGCGCCUCUGCGAGUUUGAUACGCCCCGCAUGGUAGGCCGCUUGUAA